GUAGGUGAUGACGAUAGAGGGAAACUCUUUACCCCAGAGCAAUAUGAAGAAUACAAAAGAAAAAUGUUACCAAUACGAUUACAGAAUAGAUUGUAUGUGAGCUGGAGAUCACCAACUGGAAUGGACUGUAAACUUGUGGGCCCGGAGACACCCUGUUUUUGUACCCAUAGGUAUAAACAACACAAAACAGAUUAUGAAGAGAUUCCAAAAGAUCGUCCUAUUUGUGUACCCUGUCGAGUGAACCGUUGCCAGUGCAAAUCCUAUCACUAUGUCCCUCUAAAUGGCACUCAGCCCAUUCGUUGUAGAUGCAAGCACUUUGCUGAUCAGCACAGUGCAGCACCUGGAUUUUCCUGUAACUCCUGUUCCAAAUGUUCAGGAUUUCACAGCUGCUUUACCUGUGGGUGUGGUCAGCCAACAUAUGCGCAUGAAACGGUUGUGGAAACUAAACAAGAGCGCUUAGCCCAGGGAAAACCUGUGGGGCAAGAUGUUCCUUAUGCUGCAAUGGGAGGAUUAACUGGCUUUAGUUCACUGGCUGAAGGCUAUAUGAGACUUGAUGACAGCGGAAUAGGGGCACCCUCUGCUGAAUUUCUAGAGUCACCUAGUAGUGGCAUGGACCAUCCAUUUCUAAAAGCAUUCCAAGGCCCCUCCAGUUCUGCACAAGCCAGCUCACAAUUAACAGGUGGUUCUAGUGCAGCAAAGCAAGUUUCUAAUUUAAGGAGUUCUGAAGAAGAGGACAUGGCUUACUUUGAAAAACAGUACCAGGAACGGCUGAAAAAGGAGAAGGCUGCUAAACAGAAAGUUAAAGGUCCACUGCUAUCAAAGAAUCCAUGAAGAUUAAUGAAACAAAGGAGUUUUUGUAAUACAGAAUUGUUUAUCAUUAUAUUUAAGGGUAUUUUCAUGGUGUUUAUUGCACACACAUAUUUUCUAGUUUCUCAAUAUUAACACUGCUGUAUUAAAGUAUUGAUGAAAUUAAUUUAAAAA